UUCACCAAUCCGGGCGGAGAGAGGGACGGUUUGAGUUCAAAAUUUGCCGAUAGACUUUGGAUGACAACUUGCGCCCAUUCCAAGCUAGUUAGCUAAGCUUAUUGACACCUUUCUGAAAAUACGAAAACGAACCCAGAAGAUUGUGUAAUAUAUUUCUGUUUGAUUAAACAUGUCGAAGAAAGAAAUUUACUACUCUGACAAGUACACAGAUGAAGCAUUCGAGUACAGGCAUGUUAUGCUUCCGAAACAGUUAUCCAAGCUGGUGCCCACCUCUCAUUUGAUGACAGAAGAUGAAUGGAGGGGUCUGGGGGUGCAGCAGAGCCAGGGCUGGAUCCACUACAUGAUCCACAAGCCAGAGCCGCAUAUAUUGCUUUUCCGAAGACCUCUUCCAAAGGAUUGAGUGGAACUCAUCUUCCACGUCCCGGAAAACCGCCUCAGUUGAAUUGUAUGGUCUUUGUUGACUAAACAAGAUGUACAUCUCUCCAUGUGUUUUGGUGUAUAGAAUAGACCAUUUAUUUUCAGUUUUUUUAAACUCCUCAAAAUAUUGGUGGUAUGAUAGAGGUAGCCCAAGGAGAGUGGAAGGCAGAAGGCUCGGCCCUGACUAAGAGAUGGUGAGCAGUUCUGCUUUGAUAAGUGGCAACAAUAUGAAGAUGGAAUUUCUUUCAUGAGACUUUACCGAGCUUGAAUAACAUUUGGUACACUUUUAUUGAUGUUUACUUGUCAAUAUAUGUUGUAUUAAUGAGCAUAGUGGUCAAAUGUAGUUAUUUUUUUUUUGAACGUGGAACAUUUUAUUCAAAGAAUAUUUUUUUUUUUUUUCUGUGUGUGUAUAUUAUCAGACAGUAAACGUUUUGACUGACUAGAGUCGCAUUUCUGUUCAUUCUAAAUAGCACUGUUGCUGGAUAGUAUGUAAAUACAAUAUAUUUCUUUA